AUGUCAUCAGUCGAUCAUUAUCCCGAUCAAUUUUCAGACUUCUUGAAAGACGAAGAAAUCAAACGAAUCAGAACUGAAGUCUUCAGAAUCACAUCGAAAAGAGAGCCCGUCGAAAAAGAAACGCCAGAAGGAGAAAACAAGAGGAAAAUGUCCGGCGCAGAGAGAUUCAGGCCGAUGAUGAAGAGGAAUUACUGGAAGAAGGGCGGUGGAUCGAGAGGUUUUGGAGGGACUAAGAAUUGGACACUCGGCGAGGAAUGGGAACAAACGCCCUGUUCUUUGCUAGCAGCGAUCUCCAGUAAACAAGGCGGGUUAAAUUCGCGUCUUGACUACGCAUUUCGCCAAAUGACUCGUGAGACAAUUGAGGAUGCAACAUGCGCGGCGAAUAUAUUCGAGUGCCAGUGCAGUUUCGCGGGGCUGAUCACCAGCGGAACAAACCAGAAGAAAAAGAGCGCCAAGCACUUGGCUUCUGAAAUGAUGCUCAGAGUUCUGGAGGAGAGGGGAAUGGUCAAAGGACUCAGAUGUCCUACCAAGCCGUAUUUGGGCGUGGAGGACGAUAACUUUGACAACCCGAUUUCGAAGCUUUUUGAGUUUUUACAGAUACGAGCAAUUGAAAAGCCAGUGUUCUGGGACGACUUGUACGGAACGCAGUUCAAAGUCACCUGUACAAUCGCAUCGCUGAAGUUGGAGACAAGCGGACUUAGCUCAAGCAAGAAACAAGCUAGGCGCGAGGCGUGCCGUCACAUGCUCCAAAAGAUUGAAUCUUGUGAUGUAGACGAACUAGUGAAGGAAAACGAACUCGAGCAGAAACUCGAGGAGCUUGACAAGGAGAAUAAUUUUCGCAGAACGAAAGAUUACUUGGUUGAAAGAAGCAACAUCCAUUCAUUCCUUGGAUAUCGGAAUAAUCGCGGAGCUUACAUCAACAUUGACGCGAGAGAUCUGUACCGACUUCAAGCUACCGACAAGUUUAUGAACGUACUCGACGCGAUUUGCAAGCGUUACAAUCUUCUGGUGACAGUCUUCGAACCCCAAGGAGCUGGAGGACGAAAGGAUAACUACGGAUUGCGAGAGACGAUACUGAGAGUUGGGUGUAUUCCGCCUCUUGUCUGCUGUGCAAAAGGAUUCACAAAGGAAGACACUAGACAUGCAGCAGCACUACAAGCAAUUGAGCACUUUAACGUUGGCUCCAGGCGAAUGGUAUUCCGAGAGAAAGUAUACGACAGAGACGAAGAAUAG